AUGGCAGUCGAUCCUGAUGCGACAACGAUUACACCUGAGGGACUGGGACUUGUCCUCCUUACAGUCGCUCUGUUCUACACGCCUCCUUCUGCAAUGGUGGUGGUUGCGAGAUCCGUCAUUAGAAUCAGGCAAGGCAUUUUUGGGAUGGACGACGGGCUCAUGCUGACUGGCUGGAUACUCUUCAUCUGCGUUGUGGGUGUGGUAUCGAAAGGAACGUAUGCCGGUAUUGGCGCCCCGGAUGAGCGACUAAACGACAAUAUGCAACGAGAUGGCCGGAUGUACAUCUGGCUGUCUCAAACUUUCUACUGUUCCUCUUUGAUCUUUAUCAAAGGCUCCAUCUGCGUCACCCUUCUUCGAAUCGCCAUUGAAAAGACGCACCGCAUCAUCGUCUGGGUGACACUCGUAGCCUCUGUCAUCUCAACCCUCAUCGUCAUCAUCGGGCUUCUUACCAUGUGUCGCCCCAUCUCAGCAAACUGGGAUAAGAAUGCGGGACAAUGCUCGCCGCCUAUUGUCAUUACGAGUUUGAGUUAUCUUGUGUCCGCCGCUGCGGUGCUUACUGACUGGGUGUGUGCGAUAUUGCCCGGGUUCAUGUUGUACAAGACUCAGAUGAAGAGGGCGACCAAGAUAUCCAUCAGCAUCAUUCUUGGUCUCGGUGUUUUGGCGUCUAUUGCUACGAUAGUACGACUGCCGUAUAUUGCCUUUUAUGCUCAGCCUGAGAACUACCUACCUAUAUAG